AUGGUGGCCAAACAGAGGAUCAGGAUGGCCAACGAGAAGCACAGCAAGAACAUCACGCAAAGAGGAAACGUGGCCAAGUCCACGAGGAACCUGACGGACGACAAAGGCGUCGGACCCUGGUUGCUCGCCCUCUUCCUCUUUGUUGUCUGCGGAUCAGCCAUCUUCCAGAUCAUCCAGAGCAUCAGGAUGGGCAUGUAG